AGAAAACCCUAAUUGUUAGUUGGGUUUAGGGUUUUGAGCGAUUAAGCAGAAAGAACCUUGAAUUGAAGGUCACCUGAGUCCCGAAAUGUCGUCGGAGACGCAGGAAGCAGAGGCCUCUCGGAUUCGGCGGCAGAUCAAUGAGCUCAAGCAAGAAAGGGACACAAUCGACGCCAAAAUAUCUGAGCUUCAAUCUCAACUGAACCAUCUUCAUCUCAAAAACGGUGUCGUAUCCAAUGGUGGUUCUUCGUCGCACUCAUCAAACGCUUUGGAGCCUCACAUGAUCUACAGAUACAGUCGUCACCUUCUGCUUCCUUCCUUCGGUGUUCAAGGUCAGGAAAAUCUGUUGAAUGCAUCAAUUUUGGUUGUGGGAGCUGGAGGAUUGGGUUCCCCUGCAUUGCUAUACCUUGCAGCUUGUGGUGUUGGUCGGUUGGGUAUUGUAGAUCAUGAUGUGGUUGAGCUGAAUAAUAUGCAUAGGCAGAUUAUUCACACAGAAGCAUAUAUUGGCCAGCCGAAAGUGAAAUCUGCUGCCGCUGCUUGUCGCUCUAUCAAUUCCACUAUUCAGAUUGUGGAGCAUCAAGAAGCUUUGCGGACCUCCAAUGCUUUGGAAAUACUAAGCCAAUAUGAUAUAAUAGUAGAUGCUACAGAUAAUGCUCCUAGCCGGUACAUGAUCAAUGAUUGCUGUGUGGUACUUGGAAAGCCUCUUGUAUCUGGUGCUGCGCUGGGAUUGGAAGGGCAGCUCACUGUUUACAAUUAUAAUGGUGGUCCUUGCUAUCGAUGUCUCUUUCCAACUCCACCACCUACAACAGCGUGCCAAAGAUGUGCUGAUAGUGGAGUCCUAGGAGUAGUUCCUGGUAUAAUUGGUUGUCUCCAAGCUCUUGAGGCAAUCAAGAUUGCAGCAUCUGUUGGUGAAAUUCUCUCAGGAAGGAUGCUUCUCUUUGAUGCAUUGUCUGCAAGGAUUCGAAUAGUCAAAAUUAGAGGAAGAUCCAUGCAAUGCGAAGCUUGCGCAGAAAACACAACCUUUAAGCAACAGCAAUUCCAAGAAUUUGACUAUGAGAAUUUCACUCAAACUCCCUUGUCUGUGGGUCCUUUGAGGCUAAACCUACUUGCCACUGAAUCAAGGAUCAGCAGCAAGGAGUACAGCGACAUAGUCCAUAACAAGGAACCGCACGUGCUACUCGACGUUAGACCAGCUCACCAUUUCAAGAUUGUAUCACUCACCAAAUCCCUCAACAUUCCUCUGUCAACUCUAGAGACUAGGUUGCCUGAAAUAUCAACAGCUCUGAAGAAAGAGGAAGAACAGAAAGGUGUAGCUUCUGGCUCAAGUGCUCAAUUGUAUGUCAUAUGCAGAAGGGGAAAUGAUUCUCAAAGGGCUGUUCAGUAUCUUCAGAAAAUGGGUUACACUUCUGCCAAAGAUAUUGUUGGGGGAUUAGAGUCUUGGGCCCAUAAUGUGGAUCCAAGCUUCCCUACAUAUUAGCUUACCCUUAUGGGCAAUGUAUACUUUCAUCAAAAUUACGCUUUUGAUCCAGAUAGCCUUCUCUGUAGGCAGUUAUGUACUAUUUUCUAUUAAGGAUGCCCUUUUAAUU